AUGAUAAAUCUGGGCAUCAAGCUAAACGACACAGUGGAAAAGGCACUGCGUCAUCACCGCAGAAGGAAGCAUCGGGAAGAGAUUUUCAACGCAAUAGAAGACGAGAUCACGGCUCUGCGACUGCAAGGACUGAAUCAUAACGAGGACGUGCACUUGUGGAAAACAGGGGAAAACAACUACAACACAAACUUUAGCUCAAAAGAGACAUGGAAGCUCAUCCGUGUCGAGCAAGUAAAGGUAGACUGGUGCAAAGGUAUUUGGUUUCCCUACAAUACGCCUCGCUUCUCCUUCAUGGCUUGGAUUGCAGUUCAGAACAGGCUCCCUACGGGUGACAAGAUGCUAAGCUGGAACACAGCUGCUACUACAGCCUGCUGUCUCUGUCCCGAACCGUUAGAAACUCGCAACCACCUUUUCUACAAAUGCACUUUCUCAGAAGAAGUUUGGAAGAAUCUAACCCACAAACUACUGUCCCGGCAAUACACGAACGAAUGGGAAGAGAUCAUCAAGACUCUAACAGGCCAGGCAAGCUCAACCCGUCUGUUCCUGAUCAGAUAUGUUUUUCAGUCCACUCUGUCUGCUAUUUGGAAGGAGAGGAAUGGCAGAAAGCAUGGAGAAAAAUCAAAUAGUCCUGCAACUAUUAUCAAAGGAGUGGACAAGGCCGUAAGAAACAGGAUCACUAGCUUACGUCUUGCGGGAGUGUGCAAACACACAAAAGCCAUGGAAACAUGGUUCUCAGUUCGUUGA